GAAACCUCGAUAGUUGGAAACCUGUCUUGCAUGGAGCUGCACGACCAGAAAGCUCCAAUGACAAGAGCCAACCCACGUUUGUGAUGAUCCCUCUCCAUGCAGCCGCUCACCGAUCUCUCCUCCGUUCGCUCCCGAACCCUCUGCUGAGCUCUCUCCUCCUCUCUCCGCUCCACACCCGGUCUCUCCCUCCCCACAGAGACAAGCCCACGAGCUGGAACACCACCCACGCUUUCGUCCUCUCGAACCCGCUCCUCUCCCUGCUGGAGCGAUGCCGGUCCAUGUCCCAACUGAUGCAAGUCCAAGCCCAGAUGGUGGCCACCGGCCUGGUCUCCGAUGGGCUGGCUCUGAGCCGCCUCGUCGCCUUCUGCGCCAUCUCGGAGUCGCGGGACCUCGAGUACUGCGCCAAGAUCCUGUACGGCGCGGAGGACCCGAAUGCGUUCUCGUGGAAUGUGGCGAUCAGGGGCUUUGCAGAGAGCGAGAGACCGAACGAAGCGUUCGUUCUGUACCGGCGGAUGUUGAGGAAUGGCGGGUCGAAGCCGGACAAUUAUACUUAUCCCCUGCUGCUGAAGAUAUGUGCUAAUUCGUCGAUGAAUCGUUUCGGCCGCGGAAUUCUUGGCCAUGUGGUGAAGUUGGGAUUUCACGGCGACUUGUUCGUGCGCAAUGCGGUGAUCCAUAUGUUUGUUUCGUGGGGCGAGGUGGGGAAAGCACGUGAGGUGUUCGACAGAAGCCCUGUGAGAGACUUGGUUUCAUGGAACUCCUUGAUCAAUGGGUAUGUGAGGAGUGGGCUCGCGGGUAAUGCUUUGAGAGUGUAUCGUGAGAUGGAGGCAGAGGGUGUUAUGCCGGACGAGGUCACGAUGAUUGGCAUGGUCUCUUCAUGUGCCCAAUUGGAGGAUUCGAAACUAGGGAGAGAAUUUCACCAAUUGAUUGAAGGGAAUGGGUUGACUUUGACUGUGCCUCUCGCCAAUGCUCUUAUGGACAUGUACAUCAAGUGUGGGGAUCUCGAACAAGCGCAGGAAAUUUUCGAUAACAUGACGAUGAGAACUUUUGUUUCUUACACUACGAUGGUUGUUGGAUAUGCAAGAUUCGGGUUUCUAGACAUGGCCAGGGAGCUUUUUGAUGGCAUGCCUCAAAAGGAUGUUGUUCCAUGGAAUGCAUUGAUAGGUGGCUAUGUUCAAGCUAACCGUAGCAAGGAGGCUCUAGCCUUGUUCCAUGAAAUGCAAUCCAGUAACACAAGACCAGAUGAAGUUACGAUGGUUACUUGCUUAUCGGCUUGCUCACAACUAGGGGCUCUUGAAGUUGGGAUAUGGAUUCACCACUACAUAGAGAAACACAAGCUUUCUCUCAAUGUUGCCUUGGGAACUGCUCUUAUCGACAUGUAUGCCAAGUGCGGAGAUAUUCCUAGAGCUCUCCGUGUUUUCUUGGAAAUGCCGAUGAAAAAUUCCUUAACCUGGACGGCAUUAAUAUGCGGUUUAGCUCAUCAUGGAUAUGCACUGGAUGCGAUAUCCUUCUUCAGGGAAAUGCUUGGUGACGGGCUGAAGCCAGAUGAGGUCACAUUUCUAGGGGUGCUAUCAGCUUGUUGUCAUGGGGGUUUGGUUGAAGCUGGCCGUAAUUUCUUCUCUCAAAUGACUUCUGAAUUUAAUCUGUUCCCAAGGCUUAAGCACUAUUCUUGCAUGGUAGACCUUCUUGGACGGGCUGGUUUAUUGGAAGAGGCGGUGAAGCUUAUUGAGGGCAUGCCAAUAAAGGCAGAUGCUGGAGUUUGGGGCCCAUUGUUUUUUGCUUGUCGAGUUCACAGGAAUGUCCUCCUGGGACAAAAGGUGGCUUUAGAACUUCUAAAGUUGGAUCCUCAUGACAGUGGUACUUAUGUUCUACUGGCGAAUAUGUAUGGAGAAGCAAACAUGUGGGAAGAAUCUAGGAAGGUGAGGAAGAUGAUGACAAAUAGAGGAGUAGAGAAGAUACCAGGAUGUAGCUCAAUUGAGGUUAAUGGAGUUGUUCAUGAGUUUAUUGUUAGAGAUAAAUCACACCCUCAAUCAAAACGGGUUUAUCAAUGUCUUGUCAUAUUGACAAGGCAGCUGCAUCUUGUUGAGAAUAUGGUUGAUAUUUCUAAUUUGGGUGACCAUCCUCUUUGAAUAUGAUUGAUCCCCGCCGGUGGCUUGAGGCUACUGCAGCAUGUUGACUUGAGCUCGGGUCUGAUGGGCACAUUACGAUGCUCCAGAAAUUUGAAGUGGUUUUCAUUUUAUGGGCACUUGCAGCAUGCAGGCAGCUGGUCAAGUUCACACGGGAUGAAAAUUAUUUACCAGUUAUGCCAGCUUCUCCAGAAGAAAGCUUCCCUGCCAAAGUUCUCAGUCUGCUAACUUUAAAGCAGUUCCUGCUCUGGUUGAUCUUUUGCAAUUCAUGAUACUGUUUCAGCGGUCCUGGCACUUAGAUGACUAAAUGCUGGUUAGCUCUGGUCUGUCAAAGGGAUUCAGUGAUGCUGUGUCACUAUUACUUGAAUCCUGCACUGACAGUCGGGUCGAGCAAUUUUCUGCCACCAAUUUAAAAUUUAUACUAUUGCUUUUUUCGUCUACUAGUUAGACACUUUAUCUAAGUAUUUCUCGUGCCUAAUCCCAACAGGUAUUGUAAGGACAUGGAAUAAAGCCGGAUAUGUAGUGGUAGGCUAAGGAAGUCAAAGAAGUAGUAUAUGAUCCAUUUAGUACAGGGAGCGAGUGAGGUUGGCUGCUUCCCCUGUGUUCUGAAACAAGAGUUUGCCAUCAUUGUACUCUGCAGGCAUCUUGAAAUCUGGUUCUUUGACCACUAUACCCAAUCAUCCUCGAUGCUUGUGAGUGAUCUGAAGUUGCUGAACUAUGAAGUGAAACAUUUGGAGUUUUGACUGAAUAUUUGCUUUGAUUUCUGGGAUUCUGGGAUUACGAGGAUUCUGCAAUCUUGUAAUAGCUAAUUUAGUAUUUUUCUCCCCUUUGAAGUUAAUCUUGGAACAGAUGGUUCUAUUAAAGCGGCGAUGAUUGUUGGUCGUUAAACGAGCUCAUGAAUCAAAAUUUUCAACUGUUAAUGUGUGAUUUCACGAUGUACUUGAUCUUUGCAAACAUGAAAGCGUUAGAUAAUGUGGAGUGGUUUGGCUGCAAUACGGAAUGAACUCAGCCAAGCAUAAAACAUCCUAGAUGCUUCACUCUAAUCUACAGGCAAGUUCCUGCGCACCACUAGAGUCGAAGAUAAUGGAUUUCCAAGCAGGAUUUUGGUUUCUAUAGUUUUCAAAAGUGCAAAAUUUUACUAGUGAUUUUCUGUUUCUCUCCAUACUUCUAUCUAAACGACCCGUCACAUGAACAUCGUUAACCUCUAUCUGCACAUGGAUUAAAAUGCAGUAUUCAUAUCUGUUAAUAUAGUGCUAGUAUCCUGAUCAGUAGCCUUGCUGUUGUUUGGGGGAGUGGAAAGAACACUUGUAAGAAGUAUUGACCUGAAAAAGAUUCUCAUUCAGUGUACAGAUAGGAAUAAUUUUCUUCCUGAUUAUGUUUGCUCUUGAUGCAGGAUUCUUGUCAUUGGUGACUUGCUAUUCAACAGGAGCAUAUGGUUUCAAAUUUUCAAUCCACUCCCUCCCUUUUUCCAGGCUUAGUCCAGUCCUUUUUGCCUCUUGUUGCAGAAGAAUGUGAAUGGGGAUUGCACAUUGAUUCCUUCGAUCUGCUGUUGUCUGAGAGGAACCGAGUGAAUCAUCUUGCAGCAAAAGACAAGUUGCUGCUGCUGCUGCUGGUGCCGCUUUUCUCUUUUUCUAUUGUCUGGUUAGUGCAAGAAUGUGUGCUGCUCCAAAAUACCCUUCUCUGAUCCGACGGAGCCUGUGAUGUCGUGCCCUCCAUUUCCUUUAAAAAAAAAAAAACAAUUCAGGAAAAAUCAAAGUGGGGUUGAAAAGAUAAAGAUGGUGACACCUCAGUUUUCGCCUUUUGUCUUUCCGCCUAGAGAUGCCUUCAUGCCAAAACAAGCUCAUUAUUACUAUAAUUAUUUCUGUACAUUACAUCUGCUUGUGUUGAAGAUAGCGUGAAGAAAAACAACAUGCGUCUUUUCUCCACUCUCAAGCAAGCUGACAAAAAAGAAGGUUCUCAUCUCAUCCCAUUUCAUUGGAUGAAGCAAACAUCUUUUGUUUUUUUUUU